AAUGAUGUAAUGGUUGGAAUAAAUUUGGUGUUACAGCAUUUUGGUGUUAGGGUUGGAGAUGUUGUCAGUGACAGUAAAUCAUACAACAAUAGAUGGAUUUGAUAAUGGUCAUUAGAAAAAUAGGGAAAAGACACCCAUAAGUACCGUUGAUCUCAUAUGAGUGUUAACUGUUAACACUGUGUUUAGCAGGUAAACUUUUCUUUCGAGUCAAGUGCAUUACUCAUUAAUUUGGGAAGAGAAUGAUUGUUUUCCAGAGGAUUAAAAGUAAGAGUGGUUCCUAAAGUAAUUAACACUCUGUUAAAUUCAAUGCGUGAAAGGGACAUAAUAUCUUCUUAGACUAAAAAUUAUGGCCAGUCUUCGCUUUUGUCUUGGUGAUGGGACUAUAUAAUAUUGCAAAGAAGAAAAAAGUGUAUAGUUCAGAAUACAGAAAACUAAAGGGCUAGUAAGUAGUAUUAGGUGCUGAAAAUAUGGUGAAAGAAAAUCUAGUAACUGGUGGAUCAAUAUUUGUGGAGAAGAGAAAUCACUGUGUCAUUUAUCCAGCCAAUGGCAGUAUGGUGGCAGAGUCUGUGGAAAGAAGAAACAAGAACUGGUUUGUCCAGACAAGAAUUCCAAGUGAUUUGAUAGUACAAAUUAAAGACAAAAGCUUCCACUUGCAUAAGCUCUCCAUGGUUUCAAGAAGUGGAUACAUUAACAGAUUGGUAUUUCAUAGGAAUGGGGACAACAUUACUACAAUUCAGAUUGAUGCAAUCCCCGGUGGGGCUAAUAUCUUUGAAUUAGUAGUGAAAUUUUGCUAUGGACUGAAGAUCAAAGCUACAGCUUCAAAUGUCGCGCCACUGUAUUGUGCUGCUCAUUUCUUGGAAAUGCAUGAUGAUCUUCACCACGGAAAUUUAAUUUCUAAAACUGAGGCAUUCCUGAGUUAUGUAAUCCUUUCGUCGUGGAAAGACACAUUUAGGAUCUUGAAAAGCUGUGAAUCAGUUUCUUCUUGGUCUAAAGACUUGCACAUUGUCAAGCGUUGCUCGGAAGCCAUUUCUUGGAAAGCCUGCUCAGAAACUAGCGCGAGUAGUAUAGAAGACAGUGAAGUUUUGGUGAAUGCUAUGACCAAUGAUACGACCAAGUUAAAUGUCAAAAAGUUGAGCGGAAAUUGGUUUUUCAAGGAUGUUGCAUCCCUAAGAAUAGAUCAUUUUGUCGAAGUAAUUACAUUGAUCAAAAAGAGAAACAUUAAGCCAGAGCUUAUAGGGUCAUGUAUAGCUCACUGGACAAAGAAGUGGAUUUCUCAAAUCACAGUUUCAAAGCAGAAAUCAAAAGAUCAAGAAUUGUCCAUCCAACUACACAGAGUAACAACUGAAUGUUUGAUAAGGGUACUUCCUAUUGAAGAAAACUCAGUUCCCUGCAAUUUUCUGCUUCACCUUUUCAAGAUUGGGCUUAUUAUGAAUAUUGGUCCAAGAUUACAAGAUCAACUCAAAACAAGAGUAGCUUUCUUGUUGGAAAGCUGUAGUGCUAAAGACCUUCUAGUCAGGAACAGCACAACUCUUUUCGACGUGGACAUUGUUAUUGAAGUGGUAGAAGCUUAUGUCUCGCUUGCAUCAAAUAAUCCCAACUCAAAAAUGUCUCUUGUCGGGAGGCUAGUAGACGAUUACCUCGCCCUCGUAUCAAGGGACGCAAACCUUGUAGCGAGAAGCUUUUACUCUCUUGUAAAUGCAUUGCCAAAAGAAGCACGAUCUUGUGAUGACAACCUAUAUAGGUCAAUAGACAUGUACCUAAAGGAACAUCCUGACCUAACAGAAGAAGAAAGAAGCAGUAUAUGCAGAAAACUGGAGUACCAUAAGCUAUCACAGGAAGCGCGAACACAUGCCAUGAAGAACGAUAGGCUGCCGGAUAAUAUCAGGACACAAUUUAUACUUGUUGAACAGAUCAAUAUGACAAGAUUACUGACUUCAGCUGGCUCAAGUUACCAACGGACUAAGUCAGAGACCAUAAUGAAAGUCAGCAAAGGUGUAGGCAAGAGUUGGAUGAAUUCUUCCAAAAAUGAAAUGGAUGUGAUGAAACAAGAGGUUGAGAUGUUAAAGGCUCAAGUUGGUGAACUGAAGCAAUGUAGGAUGGAACUUCAAAGGCAAACCAAGAUAUCUGUUUUUUGUUAGUUCGUUAUGUUUCAUGUCUGUUACGGAUCUGGUUCCUUGAUUCUGAUCAUUGUAAUCUUCAUUUAUGAAGCUUAAAAAAAUUUCCAAGUUUUUUUUUGGUUAA